AUGUUGGGACAGAGCAUUCGGAGGUUCACCACUUCGGUGGUCCAUUGGAGUCACUGUGAGGAGGGCCCGGGGAAGAAUUUGCCAUUUUCAGUGGAAAACAAGUGGCACUUACUGGUUAUGAUGACCUUAUUCUUUGGAUCAGGUUUUGCUGCAUAUUUCUUUAUAGUAAGACACCAACUGCUUAAGAAAUAG